CGGGGCCGGGCCGCCGGCGGGCAGUCGCGCCGCGGGUGUCCUGGCCGCCCCGCUCCGCGCCCUGCGCCGCGCCGUGGGGCACCGUUUCUUUGGAGCGGCUCCCUGAACGUUUGACACCAUGAGCAGCUACAGCGUGUCCCUGGUCGGCCCGGCUCCUUGGGGCUUCAGGCUGCAGGGCGGCAAGGACUUCAACAUGCCGCUCUCCAUCUCUCGGCUGAACGACAGCGGCAAGGCAGCCCGAGCAAACGUGGGGGUAGGCGAUGUGGUUCUCACCAUUGAUGGCAUAAGUACAGAUGGGAUGACUCACCUGGAAGCGCAAAACAAGAUCAAGGCGUGUACAGGCAAUUUGAACAUGACUCUGCAAAGAGUGGCGACUGUACCAAAACCAGAUCCUGUUCAAGUGCAAAAGGGAGAACCUAAAGAAGUAGUUAAGCCCGUGCCCAUUGCCUCUCCUGCUGCACCCAAAGCCGCUUCCCUGGCCGCCGUGGCUUACAAUAAGACACCGAGGCCGUUCGGGGCGGUCGCUUCCUCCAAAGUCGCUUCCAUCCCGUCACCGUCCUCCGCCUUCACCCCGUCACCCGCGCCCCCCGCGCCGGCCGCCCCGGCCCCCCGCGCCGCACCCGGACCGCACGCUAACGCUAGCGCCGAGCCGCGGGCGGCCGCCCCCGGCGCCGCUAAAGCCGCCGCUAGCGUCCCGCGGCAGCCGGCCCCGGAGGCGGCGGAGGGGCCGCGACGAGGGCUCGGAGACGCCCAGGGGGACAGUAAACUGCAGAACGGCCCGCCGCGGAAGCACAUCGUGGAUACCUACACGGAGUUUUACCACACGCCUACUCACAGCGACGCCAGCAAGAAGCGGCUGAUCGAAGACACCGAGGACUGGCACCCGCGCACGGGGACCACCCAGUCCCGCUCUUUCCGCAUCCUUGCCCAGAUCACCGGCACCGACCGUAUGAAAGAACCAGAACCUGAAACUGCAAAGAAGACUAAGGAAAGCCAAACGGAGAGCGGCGAUUUCAGCAUACCUGCAGAUCUGCCUAAUGGGACAGGAGCCGAGGAGUCCUCUAAUAAUCUGGAUAAAACCUCUGUAGCUACUCAGACUUUCGAGAUGCCGCCUGUAGCAGAAUUGCCAUCAACGCCUUUACCACCAACAAGACCGGAGCCCGCAGCAGCGCUCUCGCCUGUAGCAGCACCGUCACCCGUCAGCGCGCUCUCUCCCAGGCUUCCUGAGCACCUUGUCUCCGCGGCUCCCGGGAGAAAACUUUUGUUUGAGCAUCCUUUGGAGGCCUUACCCAAGUGUGCACCUCAUCCCCCUGCAAUUGUUCAGGUUUUAAAUACCUGCAGCCAAGUAGCCACAGUGUCUAAAGUGCCACCUGCUUACUCUAGGAAAAUAACCGCGGAGCUGGUGGCUCUAGGUGCCGACGGAGAGAGUCCCCCCUCGGCUAAGUGCACGGUGGCCACGCAGGCUCCGGAGCCGUUCGUGCCUGCAGUUGCCACCCUGCAACCGCCUCCGCCAGCCCAGCCUCCGGAGACCGUCCUCUGGGAGCCUCCUGAGCCCCUCAGGCGUGCUGCAUCUCUGCCUACUUGUGAAACAAAUUCUUUUACUAAAAUCUCAAGCUGUCAGUCUAAAUCAUCCAUGAGUUAUACAAGGAAAGUGCUGCUGGGAAAUCCCUUGGAAAGCCUGCCCAGGGCUGCUCCGGCUCCUGUUCCUGCUCUUUCUCCUUUCAAGCAGAGGUCAAAAAUUAAGAGCAUGGCUGCUGCCGCCGUGUCUGCUGCUGUUGCAAUCCGGGCCAGACUCUCCGAACCUAACGCCUACCGCUCGCUCUUGGACGCGCUGCUCAUCACCCCUAUCGCUAAACCUCCUCUCCAGGCCCUCCGGCCCGCCAGGAAAUCCACGAGCGUGCUGGAGCUGCCGACAGCCCGGAGCGAUUCCCUGGAGGCUACCCAGCCCGUUGCUUUUACGGCCGCCUCAGUGAGGAACAUGCCCGCGAGCCAAGAAAACACGGACGCUAGACCUGCUCCGGCCAACAGCACAUCUGCUGCAGCCGUCAAGCCAGCCGGAGCCCCGAGCGCCGCCAAAUUCUCAGGCUGGCAGCCGCCGAACCGAGCAGCCCCCGUGAGUGGGUGGACGUCGAACAGCGUCAGGCCGCCGGGGACGGCCGCCCCGAGCGAGAAGCUUGCGACGGCGCCGCUCGCCGAGCCGGACACGCUGGUGCAGAGGGCAGAGCACAUUCCCGCGGGGAAGCGCACGCCCAUGUGCGCCCACUGCGACCAAGUCAUCAGGGGACCCUUCUUGGUGGCUUUGGGGAAGUCGUGGCACCCGGAGGAGUUCAACUGCGCCCACUGCAAGACCUCCAUGGCCUACAUCGGGUUCGUGGAGGAGAAGGGAGCGCUGUACUGCGAGGGCUGCUACGAGAAGUUCUUCGCCCCCGAGUGCUCACGCUGCCAGAGGAAGAUCCUGGGCGAAGUAAUAAAUGCUUUGAAACAAACUUGGCACGUUUCCUGUUUCGUGUGUGUGGCCUGUCAUAACCCAAUCCGCAAUAAUGUCUUCCACUUGGAAGAUGGUGAUCCCUACUGCGAGACGGAUUACUAUGCCCUCUUCGGUACCAUGUGCCACGGCUGUGAAUUCCCCAUUGAAGCUGGAGACCGGUUUCUUGAAGCCCUGGGCCACACUUGGCACGACACUUGCUUUGUGUGCUCGGUGUGUUCUGACAGUUUGGAGGGUCAGACUUUCUUCUCCAAGAAGGACAAGCCACUGUGCAAGAAACAUGCUCACUCUGUCAACAUCUGAUGCUGGGAGCUCAUCUUGUUUAGCAAAUGUACUGAGUGGAAAGACAGGUUAAAAUGUCCAUGCUCAAUAAUUGGUUAAAAGUAUUUAUAUACAUUUUUCUAAAAAUGCAAGAGAAAUGUGGAAAAUUUAGGGGUUUUGAACACUGAUCUUUGGAGUGUUUAUCAGUUAGGGUUUGCUUCACAAAAAGAUACACACCUAGCCAAACUAGAGUGCCUUUACUUCUAUACCUGGCACAUUACUGUUUUGGUUUCAUGAUAUUAUGACCACAUUUUUAGCUGCUUCAAUAUUAGAAGGGAAACUUUUAUAAAAAUACAAACCUGAUAUUAGAAAUCUUGGUUUUGCUGCUGUUUGACAAACGAGGAGGAGUUGGUUUCAGCUGUCUGGAUCACUUUAUUGCAUUGAUGGUUUUCUAAAGUGCACCUAGAAGUACUGAAGCUAGCUCUGGUAUUUCAUGAAAACAGGAGCUCAAAGCAAAGAUAAGAUUAGAUGGAGUAGAUUUCAGUGACUGACAUUUUCAUCUGAUGCUCAUAUUCAUCAAGCCUCCUGCACAGUUAUACAUACCUGUGCCUUUGGCAGUUGCAUCUCUGAUGGGACUGCAAAGGACUGAGAUUUUUACAAAGCUUUUCAGUGGAGGACUGGCUACUGAAGUCAAGCAGAAUAAUUUAAAAAAAUGCCAUUUAGAAGAAAACAUAAAUGGGGCACAGUUUUUUAAAUCAUGACAUGUAUUACCAGACUACUAGCCAAAAAGUGCUAGUGGAAGUGUGUUUGACAGGAAGAAAAUGUCAGAUCACAUCUUAAAUGCAAGGGAGUGGGGGUUCAUAUGCUUAUGUUCACGGUCCAGGUUUUAGAUACAUAUAAGUGCCUUGGAAAGGGGAAGUUGCAUUGAUUCUGCAUGUAGCAGGGUUUUAUACACAGAAUGUGAGGCUUUGGUGUCUAAUGAGGGAAACUUCUGCAACGCAGCUGAGGACAUUGUUUUUCUCUCAGUAUAUUCUUUAUGAGGUAGCUCAAGCACAUGUAUAGUGGUGGUUUGCCAGUUAGUUUACUGAAAACUUAUUUUCUUGCCCUUCUUGAUGUUACAAUUGUUAUUAGCUUAGUUUUUCCUCUCUUUUCCUCCAAAUGUAAGGAAUGUAUUGUUGAAUAACACCGUACUGAGGUAGGCAGUUUGGUAUCUCUCAGUUCUUGCGAGGGAACAGGGCCAGUGCUGUCUCCGUGUGUUUCUUGCAACCCAGGAGACUUUGGCAGUUCUGCAGCUUGACCCGAGUUUCACCUUCAUCCAGAGUCAACACAAGACCUGUACACCCAGCUAAGCCCCACCUGACUUUGAAAGUAGGGCUUACCGUGGUACAUCGCGAUGGUAGGCAUAUGGGGAGGAGGCGAUGGCCCUCUGCACGGGGGUGAGUUUCACUCCGCAGGGUUGCACCGCGGAGGAAGGGGCCUCUCGGUGCCAGAUUAGUUGAACUGAUAGCCAUCAGUGCUCUUUCCACUAGAUGUGAAAAGUGACCAUUUACUGGCGUUUUUUUUUCUGAUGUGAAAGAUUUUAUUCACUGAUGGGGAGGAGAGAUGUUUAUCCAUCAAAUCACUGGGAAGGUUGCAAAGAAUUGGCAUAUCCAUUUGCUGGUUUGCCAGGGGUCAGUAAAGCAGUUGUAAGAAAAGCUGUAACAGAAAAAACCAAAGCUGCUGUACUGAAAAGUGCAAGAUACUUGGCAUUCCUUCAGUGAGGCAGGUCGACGAAAUGGGCUCUUUCAGUUUAUUUCCAAAAUUGUUUUUUAAGUUGUUUUUCUUUAAUACUACCACCUUUCUCUUAACUUCUGCUAGUAUGGAAGAAAUAGUAUAAAGCUGUUGAAAAGAAUAAAAAAAAAAUGUUUCCGCACCCUGUAGAUGUGGGUUUGGCCAAAAAUCAGCAGGAUAGUGGCAGACUGGGCAAGAUGGGGCGAUGUGAGUCAGGUUGCUUUUGAAAUUAGUGGAAUGUGGAGAAAUGAGAUGCAAAUACUAGGUUUCAGCAGAGCGAGGCUGCACACGUGUGAGGAAAGAGGAGGGGAAUGCACAGGAUGAAGCGUUCAGUGAUUUCUGUAACGCAAACCUUGCUAUUUCAAAGUAGGGUGGGAACUCUUCAAUGGGCACAAUAUUUGCCUGUGUCCUUAAGUUUUGUCAUCUUAACCUUUAUUAGAAUUAUACUUGUUAAGUGAGAUUCUCUAGAAUUUCAAAAUUUUCAAUUGUUAAUGAAUUUGAGGACGAAAGUCUGAAAGACUCCAGUAGUACUAUUUCAUGUAGCUGCUUUGCCGUGUAGUUUCUGCUUUGUCUAUUUGUUUAAAAUUUAAGGAAAGGAAUCACUGAUACAUAAUGAGUAUUUAAUGGCUCUACAAAAUUAUAUAAAUGAACUAAAACAAAAAGGAACAUAAUGUUUAUCGUUAUUUUAAUAAGUGAGAUUUUAGUAGAGCACUUUAUAAUAAUGCCAUAUAUCUCACUGAAUAUUUAUUUCUUUUUUCUCGUUAGGACUGUUUCAUACUGGUAUCUUUGUAUUUUAUUUGUAAGCCUGCAUAUUUACCUCUGGAAUCUUUUGGGGGGAGGAGGGCAUAGGGGAUUGUGUAUUUAUAUAUACAUAUCUUCUGUAUACACAAAUACAUAUAUGUGUGUGUAUAUUGAGACGUGUAUAUAUGCACAUACAUAUAUACGUAUAUUUGACUGCAGUCUUGACAUAGCAAAAAUCAGCACCGUUCCAUUCUCAUUUGGACUUUUCAUAAGACUCACAACUAUUUUUCCAAUGAUAGAUCCAUCAUGUUCUUGUUUUGAGGGAACACAAGAAGGUCUGGGGCUCAGUCCCUUCUUUUAGAAACAGAGAGACAUAUCAGUAACAAAACUACUGUAGUUUUUUUGCAUGCAUUUUCUUCAGUAAUUACUUUUUCUUUCAAAACUCUGCCUAUAUUGGAUUUAAUUGUUUGCAGGUAGAAGGUCUUUAUAAGUGAAUAAUUGAAUCAUGGUGACAGUUUCAGUAUAUUGUAACUAAAUAAUUCAGAAUUAUGUGUAAAUAUAACAAAUGCUUAAUAUAACAAUGCAAUAAACUUAAGAGCACAAACUGAGUAGUGAUUCAGUAUGUGGUGUUCUGUUCAGCUGUGUGCCUGGUUUUUUUUUAUGGAGCUGCUCACAUGUUCCAGUCAUGAAUGGCUUUGCAAACACGAGUAAGAAGGAAAGGGAACUACAUCAGCUCACAGAUGAGUGGUUUGAAUACCCAUGUUUUUCAUUUGGUUUUACCCUGAAACAAUCAGCUGUUAUUGAUAAUUUGCUUGCUUGCAUUCGGAAGUCUUUUGUUUCAAGUUUUGCCUGGUCACGUUUGCAAAUUUAAUAAAUAAAAAACCCCACACUUUCUGUUGUCA